AAAAUUUCCUUUUCUCAUUUGGGAUCCACCCCCGCCCAACUUCUGCUGUUAAAUGGUCAAGUGGAGAGCAAACAGGCGGGACCCAAAGGGAUGAGGCAAGCUGAACUUAACAGACAACACGAAAUGGAUAGAUUCGUCCAUGCUUAGCUGAAAGGCAAACCUUCCUCCAACUAAGAGGUCCCUUGAAAAUCCUUGUCUGACCUUUUUCUUGCAACUCUCCAGGAAAGAAUGGUAAUUAAUGCCGAAGACCUCCAAGAGGCUUUCUGACUUCCUCUCCCCAUGUAAAGUAUGCUGAGAACCUUUCCAGUGGUUCCAUGGAAUCAGAAAGCUUCAUCCACCACCAUAUUUCAAAUGAGUUGAUUAUUGUUAUUAUUAUACCAUUAUUCAAAGCACCUUUUCCAGCUCUUCAGUCAGAAAGGCUUCUAGAGCAGUUUCCAGGAGACCAAUAAACACAAGACCGCCCCUGUCCUCAGAGUAAAAGGCACAGCACCCACACCUUUUUACCCUAGUCUUUGGCUCCUGAGAUCCUGCUGGAAACCAUGUUUCACUACACUGAUGAACCCAGAUUCACCAUAGAGCAGAUAGACCUGCUUCAACGCCUGCGGCGCACUGGGAUGACGCGGCACGAGAUCCUCCACGCCUUGGAAACCUUCGACCGCCUCGACCAGGAGCACAGUGACAAGUUCGGGCGGCGGUCCGCCUAUGGGGGUGGGGGCGGCUCCUGCACCAAUAGCACGAACAACGUCCCGGCGUCUUCCUCCACGGCCACAGCUUCCACGCAGACCCAGCACUCUGGGAUGUCCCCGUCGCCUAGCAACAGCUACGAUACCUCCCCGCAACCUUGCACUACCAAUCAGAACGGGAGGGAGAGCAGUGAGAGGUUGUCCGCCUUCAAUGGGAAGAUGUCACCCACGCGCUACCCUCUGGCGAGCAGCAUGGCUCAGAGGUCAUACAGCUUCGAAGCCUCCGAGGAGGACUUAGAUGUAGACGACAAAGUGGAGGAGUUGAUGAGGAGGGACAGCAGCGUGAUAAAAGAGGAAAUCAAAGCCUUCCUGGCCAACCGAAGGAUUUCGCAAGCAGUCGUAGCGCAGGUAACAGGUAUCAGUCAGAGCCGGAUCUCCCACUGGCUGUUGCAGCAGGGAUCGGACCUUAGCGAACAAAAGAAGCGGGCCUUCUACCGAUGGUACCAGCUUGAGAAGACAAACCCUGGGGCUACGUUAAGCAUGCGACCGGCCCCGAUCCCAGUAGAAGAACCCGAAUGGAGGCAGACGCCUCCCCCCGUCACAGCUACCUCUGGAACCUUCCGCUUACGGCGGGGCAGUCGGUUCACCUGGCGAAAGGAAUGUUUGGCUGUCAUGGAAAGCUACUUCAAUGAGAAUCAGUAUCCUGAUGAGGCCAAGAGGGAAGAAAUUGCAAAUGCCUGCAACGCGGUGAUUCAGAAGCCAGGAAAGAAGCUGUCAGACUUGGAGCGGGUUACCUCUCUCAAAGUGUACAACUGGUUUGCAAACCGAAGGAAGGAGAUCAAGAGGCGAGCCAACAUCGAAGCAGCAAUCCUGGAGAGUCAUGGGAUAGAUGUACAAAGCCCGGGAGGCCACUCCAACAGUGACGACGUAGACGGGAAUGAUUAUUCGGAACAGGACCCUUGGCAAGUACGCAAUGGGGAGGAGGAGGGACGAUGUACAGAGGCAGGCAGAGAAGCUGAGAAAUUAGAAGAAGACAGGAGGAUCUGCUCAAAACAAGAUGACAGCACUAGCCAUAGCGACCACCAAGACCCUAUCUCACUAGCCGUGGAGAUGGCGGCGGUAAACCACACCAUCCUGGCGUUGGCCCGGCAAGGCACCAGCGAGAUCAAAACAGAGGCGCUGGAUGACGACUGAUGACGUGACGGAGGGGAAGGGGCUCCGAACCAAGAAAGUAACUUAGUUUUAGACGUAGCACCUUAGCAGCCUUUUUCGCUCCCCUGGUCUCUGAUAUGUGUUCUUCUUACAGUAUAACUUUGCAGUCUCUUGUCCGUCAAGUUAGCCGUUUAGGGUCUUGUCCUGUGAAGAUGGCAUGGUGCCCUCUGACUCCGCGUAUAAGCUCUCAGUAUUAACUCCCAGCCCAAUAAUUAACCGAACCGACUGAGCUCCCGUCUCCCGGCGUCCCUUCUCCCCCACCGUCUCCCUAGACAAAAACCUUUGCUGCUCUCUCUCUCUCUAGCAUUCCAUGAACAUGUUCUCUGGUGUUGUCGUUGGCCCUUGAUUCCGGGCCGAAGGCUUAAAUCUAGGUUUAAAAAAGAGACAACAAUGCAACCUUAGGUUACCCUUCUCACUUCCUGUCCUCGCGCUUUCCCUGUUCCAAGACUAACAGAAGGCAAACUGAGGUUGCAUGGUUCCAUGGAUCGCGGGCGCCAUGUUGGGUGUGUUGGCAGGGAAUGGGGAGGUGAAAAAUGUAGGCUGUCUUUCAUUGUCUGUUUACCGGGUGCCAGUAAGUGAUGCCUCUCUUGGUUGUGUGGGUGACACAAUUGAUCCUGUUUUUCUUUGCAAUCGGUGCUGUGGUCAGAAUGUUCUGAGCAGUCAGGGAUAAGGGGAGAAGGUCUGCCAACUCGUUUUGGUUGACACUCGCUCCUCGGGGACUCAACAUAGCUUUCCUCCUUACAAGCUUUGUGACAUGAGAUGUCGACUUAUUUUGAGAAACAGCAACAACAAACUGUCCUGUGUCAGCCCAAAGCUUCCAUCUGCAGAAAAGGGUCCCUGCUGUGGCUCUGACUUCCAGAGAGCGUACAUCACUGGGUGGCUUAGAAGUCUCGUAAAUAAAUGAAUAAAUAAUCCUCCAUUGGUGGUGGUGGUUGAUUCUUCGGUAUCUCUGUACUGGGUUGCGACUGGAGCUUAGGUCACUCUUGACACAGAGAUCUAGCAGAAGAACCACACUCAGAGGGUGCAUAGUUAAGAAAUGGACUCGUGCAGAGUGACCAGGAGUGGCUUCCAUGAGGAUGGGUAGUUCUCACCUUCUCGUAAAUGUGCACGCUCUGCUGAAAAGUGUAAAGUGGGCUUUCGGUUUUAAAAAUUCAGCCUCAGUUAUCGACGUUUGGAAAACUGUUCAAACAUUUUGUGACCACUUACCUUCCCCACCUCAGGGCUGCAGUGUUCUCAAGGAAAGUUUAAUAAUUGUCUCUCAGCAGGUCCCAUGAAAGAGUUAUGGGAAACGCAGCUGUGUCGAGAGUCCGAGUCCCGUGAGCUCCCUUAUGAGUCUAUCAGAGAGGGCGCCGGCCGGUGUAUGUUUUUUGUGUAAUCUGUUUCCCGUGGCGUCAUGCGAUUGACCUGUAAAAAAACAGGAUGUUUUCUUUUCUCUUGAGAAAAUCAGGUGCAAAUUCUUUGGUGUCUUUCUCUUCGUACCGUUCUUGUUCAGGAGAACCUGAAACAAUCUAGGCAGGUUAAAUAAUUGGAAGCCAUAGUUAAGCUGAUGAGUGGGCGUUACUGUGAGCCAGGGAUUCAGUGGCUGGGGUCCAGUUCACUUCCUUGCAUGGUGGAAUCCUGGGUGGUUUAUAUUUCCCUUCACUUACAUGAGUUAGGUCACCAUGAGGCUGGAUUUGGACAAGGUAGGCUCUCCGGGCUAAUGGCAUUGGAUGAGUAAAAACAAUGAUGCUGUAUGAAGGAAGUCUCCUUCUAAAUAGCAGAAACGAAUUGAGGUGUGUUCUUGUUGUGCGUGUGUGUGUGUGUAGUUUGUCUUGAUCAAAUGUAGCACUUUUUUUCUUAAAUAAAUAAAUAUGUAUAUAUUUGUAUUUGAUAAUUUCCUUUUUUAAAACAAAAGUAUCAUUGGAUUAGUCUAAAUAAAAAAAAACUCUGUAAAAGCUCACGUUACACAAGCCAUCCCAUAGCUCGCCUCGGGCAUAAUCUUUGGGUUGAAAAGGAGGCUCGUUCACUGCACAGGAGACAUUCCUGUUCUGAAGUCUUUGCCAAGGUGGUGCCUUCCAGGUGUUUUGUACUAAUACUCCCCCAUCAAUGGAUUCCUGCAUUGAGCAGGGAGUUGGACUUGAUGGCCUUAUAGGCCCCUUCCAACUCUACUAUGCUGUGAUUCUGUGAUCAACACCAGCCAGCAUGGGCUGAUGGGAGUUUUAGUCCAAAACAUCUGGAGGAGUACCAGCUUGGCAAAGGCUGCUGCACCGGGCAUGUGAGUUCCCUCUUUGUUUGCCCCUUUGUGUCCGCGGGAUUGACGCAGAUGUCCCCAGCGGAUCAUGCCCCUUUUUGUGCAUCUCUUUCUGACGUGUGCGCACCUGAAAGUGAAUCCUGUUGCGCCUGGUGCAUAAACUGACAUCCUGGCUGCCCCAUGAAACAUUCCCUGUCGUGGGCCCGAAGUCCCUGGUGUGGGGAAGCCCGGAUUGUUUUCAGCUUUUCUUUACAUUGCCUGUAUCAUUAUUAUUUUUUUAGAUGUGUUGUAGAGAAAUGAAGAGAAAAAGGGACAAAGGUUUGAGAUCUUUGCUGUCCUGGGAUGCAUCGGAGGCAAGAGCGAUGGAUGAAAUGGGUGGGGCCCCGUCUCUGAACCAGUUUGCCUGCUCUGUGCCCCAGUCAGUCCCGGGCUAGUGGGUCCCGCCGUCCCAAAGAGUUCUGCCUGCAGCUGUUUCCCUCACCCUCCACGCACCUUGAUUGCUCCGAGAGGAUGAAAACCUCAAAGAAAGCAAGGUGUCCCCGCAAUGCUACCCCACCACGGUCCAGUCCUAGCUCUCCCAGGGCACCAUUUCAUCAGGCAAAGUGGCAGAUGCUUGUUCCUAUGAGUGGACAGAGAGGGUGAGGCUAUAGGGUGAGGACUGGAGCCCCCAAAAAGGAUGCUUAAGCAGGUGGCAGUCAUGGCGUGCCACAUUUUGAAGGAAAUGGAGGUGGCCUUUCUUUGAAGCAUGUGUCAUUGGCAUCUCUUCCAGUGACUACAGAUCAUGAGGUGGUGUGAAGAGCAUCCGCUUUGCUUGCAGAUGGUCCCAGGCUCAACCCCUGGCAUCUCCAAGUAGGGCUGGGAACGUCCCCUUCCUGAAGUCCAGGAGAGCUGCUGCCGGUCAGUGCAGACAAUACUGUCUAGCUGGACCAGUGGUCUGCCCCCGUAUAAGACUUCUAUGUUCCGAUGCUGCAUCUUUGACACCGAGGAAGCUGCCUAAUGCCAGGUCAGACUUUCUGGCCAUCUAGCCCAGUAUUGCCUACUCUGACCGGCAGCAGCUCUCCAGGGCCUCAGGCAAAGAAGGGCCUUCCACAAUUCCCAUCAUGUCCGACCUGAUCGCUUUAACUGGAGUUGACUGGGAUUAAACUUGGGACCUUCCAACUGGUAAAUCUGUGUUCUUGUCCCUGAGAUACCAUCUUUCCCUCGGGAAAUUUGAAGAGGCCGCCUGCUACGGUUGCUGCCAUCUGGAGGGGGUCCAUGGGGUCACAGGAAGCUGCCUUCCACUGAAUCAGACCAUUGGUCCAUUUAGCUCAAUAUUGUCUACACUGAUUGGCAGUGACUCUCCAGGGUUCCAGGCGGGAGACAUUCCCAGCCCUACUUGGAGACGCCACUGGGGAUUGAACAUGGGACAUUCUGCAUGCAAAGCAGAUGCUCUAGCCACUGAGCUACAGCCCCUUCCCCUAAACAAAGUUUGUUCAUGCCAACAGCCCCUCUGUCACUCCCAGAGUGAUGCUUUUGCCACCUCAGCUCUUGCACCCAUUUUCUUCUGCUCCUUGGAUACUACAGCGACUUGUCUUAGCCCCGUCUUUCUCUGGUAGAUGUUGUUGACCAAAACACAACUUGGUUUUCUCCACUGCUGAUCACCGACAUGUAAGCAAACGGUUGUCUUCUACCAGAUUUUGUCUGUCUGGAGCAGGCAAAUCUGCAAGGAGCUUUGGCCUUUAGACUCAGGGACGAGUGAGAUUAAUUUGGCUGUUGAAGAGUGAUUCUCAGGACUGGCUCCAGGGGGCGGCUAGGUCAGGCCCUGGCCAAUGGCCCCUGUGGCCCAGAGGGGCCCCUUGAAGGGCCUCUCCUUAGGGUGGGAGAGUAGCACUCCUGUUCGGCGAUCCAUGGCAACAUCGACUCCUGAGCUUGCCGCGGAUUGUGAAGAAGGAGCUCUCAGGCAUCCCCAAUAUGGACAGUUCAAUAAGUCUGCAUGCCUGCCAUCUACCAAAAUGGUGGCAGGGGCUCUCCUAACAGGCUGACACCUCCACCUCCAUCUUGGUUGAUGGCAGGCAUGCGUGCUACUCAUGCAUGUCAUUCACAUGAGAGUACACAACACGAGAGGUAGGUGGAACGUGCGGGCUGGUGCUGUGGGCCUGGGGCAGGCUGGUGCCCAAGGAUCCAGUCAUGCCUGGUGCUGGCCCUGGAGAUUCUCUUCCUGAUGCGCAGGAACAUUUGCGUGUCUCUCAGUGCUGUGGAAUGAAGAGGUGUGCAGAGUUUGGGCACGCCUGUGUAAGGGAAUGACCUGGCAAAACUGUUGCUGCUCAGUGGAAUUUUAACCUCCUCAUUCACACAGCAGUCACAGAGAACUGACAAGCAAACAGCCACUAUUUAUUAUUUGGGAGGACAUUUUGUAAUCAAUGCCUGCUCUGCAUGGCUCUUGCCAUGGAUAAGUUUGUUCCUGAUGUUCUUUUCUUUUCUUUCAGAGCUGGUUUUGAAAUAUCUUGGCAGCCAACUUUAGACAAAGAGAGAGAGAGAGAGAAUUGUCUGCACAAGAGCCCACUUGCCCAUAACAUUGGAGCCAUUGACUCCAGCAGAUCACCACUUCUUUUCUGUAAACCGAUUUGAAUGUUUUUAUUUUGAAAGAGGUCCUGAGGUCCUGUGUGAGUUUGUGGCUUUGUGCUGAUCAGGGCGGUGGGUUCUUGUUGUUGCUAAAGUUGGCUGCUGAAGUGUGGUCAGAACCGGUUCUAAACUGUAGCCUUUCAGGAAGACUUUGGUGUCUUCUGAAAUUUUGCUCCUAAAGCUGAAAGAGGAAGAGUUCAUUGGACUAGAGUGAAGGAAGCCUGAUCCCAGGCCAGCGGGGGCCUUGUCAAGAAUUGUCCAGGGAAACUGUGAGCUAGACGGCACAUUUUUACAUAUCCAGGAGCAGAAUAGAGAAGGCCGGCUGGGUUUGUUCAAGAAACAAAAGUCCGUGCAUCCUUAGUUGUCGGUUGCCCCAGCCUGACAUUACCACCAUUUUAGGUUUUUUUACAUUUAUCUGACUCAAAUUUUAAAAAUCGCAGCUUCUAGGUUUGCUCUUAGUGUCAGUUACGGAACAGUUGAUGCUUCUUCUUUGGCAGUUGCUGUUGUUGGGUCGGUUGAUUCAGGCCUCUUCCUCUGUUGCUCCAAACACUGAGAACACCAAAGCUGCUUGUCUUUCUUUCCAAGUUGCCUUUACAGUCUGGAGCUCCAAUGAGAGCUUUUUUACAUGAACAGUUGGGUAUCUGACCUGUUAUUCCAGCCUUCCCCAACCAGGUGCCCUCUGGAUGUUUUGGGCUACGGCUCUCAGCAUGCUGGCUGGGUAGUCCAAAACAUCCUGAGGGCACCAGGUUCGGGAAGGCUGUAUUAUCCUGAAUUUAUUAGGUGUCUUGCCAUUAUGGGAAGGGUUGUAGAUUUUGGAAAGUAGGCGGGAAAUCAUUUUACCCAACCCAUCAGCAACAAGUAUCUCAGCUGUUUGAUUCUUUAACCCCCUUUGGCGACAUCCAAACUCUUGGCUUGUGGCACGGAUCACAUAAUCCGAAUCGGGUUGGUGGGUGGAUAGUCUUGCCUCCCAGCAGAAAGGUUGAACAGUCUGGUCUUCCAAUCCCACCCAACUCUAUGGUUCUGUGAAGUUACUGUGAUAAUGCUGCUGCUGUUGCAGAACAGGAAUAGCUCUGAAUUGUGUUUGACACCCGAGCUAUCCAAUUUCCUCCGGUCAGACCCCUACUCUGGUUCUGGUCUCGUAAUGGAUCUCUCACACUGGCCCCAGCGUAAGUCUCUCAUGAUCCCACUACUAGGCGCCACCACCUGACACUCUGUAACGCAAUACUGCCCUGAGACUGUGCCUUAGUCUCCUCCGCAGAUUGCUACGUAGUGUCUGGGUGCACUUACAGGCCACAACCCCCCUGUAUCUUUGUGCCUUUAAAGAUUACAGCCCUGGGUUGCUUUGGAUACCUGAUGAUGUUACAUUAUCUCUUCACUGCUGCCACCAUUGAUACUGUUCCCAGCUUUGGUAUUUGCUCUGCCCACCCUUCUGGUCUGUACCAGCCAAGGAUCAGGCAUGUUGUUAAACCAAAACUAUUUAUUUAUUAACACACGGAAUAAACAAGAUUACUUUAAGUUCCGUCAACAUGCGUGUGGUUACACAUAAUAGCUUUUCUCUUUAUAUCUCUUAGUCCUAAAACCUGCCUCACUACCUGCCUAAACACAAAUCUACCCUUCCAAAACGCAGAACCAACCAGCCAACCAACCAACCAGCCAACCAACCAGCCAGACAGCCAAACCAACCAACCAACCAACCAACCAACCAACCAACCAACCAACCAACCAACCAACCAACCAACCAACCAACCAACCAACCAACCACUCUCCAACUGUCAUUCUCUCAUUUAUACCUUCAACCACCCACUCAGCCAGUCACAACUUGGCAUUCCUCAACAUUCCAACCCAUGUACUCCCCCCCUCACUCACUCUACCUGCCACAUUUAUCCUACAAAACCGACACUUACCAUGAUUACUGUACAACAUUUACAGGGGCAUCACAUGUCCAUCUGUAGUCUUGUGUUUGGAUUUGGAACUAGAGCUUUGCUUAGAAGCCAUAUAAUGCUGGCUUUGAGGCAUGCUAUUCCUUUCUUCCAGAGAGAAGCUGCAUAUUCACCAUACAUUUAAAGCACAUUACAUUUCCUCCAGCAUUCUUUGGAGGCAUCAGUGUACUUUAAAUGUACUUCCUCCAGAACAAGCCAUCGCGAUCCAUAGUGAUGUGUGUCUUGUGCCUCCUCCUUGAUGCCUGUUAUAUUACAAAUACAAUCCUGUGUUUUGCUUACUUUGGCGGGGCCGUGCUGGAAAAGUCCAUGCUGGGUGAACAAUGAUCAGCAAAUGUUGAGAUUUCUUAUGAGAACUAAAUUCCGCGUUAGUAUUUAGAAAAGGGCUUCCUAUUAAAGCAGAUUUCUUCUUACACUCUGCACUAACUGUUCUUUUCAGUGAUUGGGAUUGGAAACGCUUUUUUGGCAAUAAUUAUUGGUUUGGGUGUGUCUCCUUGAUGUCAGCCUAUCCGGGUGGACUUCGCCUUGGCGAAACUCAACCCGAGUCGCAGCUUCCAUCGCUAAUGUUGACUUCCUUCCAAUACCGUUAAGAACCUGAGAUGCUGUUUCCCCGUUUUGUUAUAUUCGCUGGAGUCGCACACAGACCGAUGGCUGCUUUGAUGUUUCAGUGUCACUGAUGCAUCUUUGUUCUGUUGGAGGGAAGGCUGGUAAAUAUAAGAAUCUGCCUUAUACCAAAUCCAGUACCAACAGGCCGUUGGGCUAUCUAGCGCAGUCUCAUAGUCCUACAGCCCCCCAAAAACACCCCCACAGCUGGUGCAAUGACAGGCGUGUGUCCAGGGCUGUAGGUCCCCGCAGUAAAAUCCAAAAAAUUCUUAGACUUUAGAUUUUGGCAAGAACCUGUAUUAGCCUGGUAGAGGGGGAAGAGGGGCGGAAGGAGGUUGAGAUGCCAUUGUGACUGAGAUUUCCUGGCCAGAACAGGGAGGGGAAUGGGAGCACACACGUUAACCACCGGAAGCCUUGCCAUGCCUUUCUGUUGCUGCUGAGCCUUCACCAGGCUGAUGGGACUUUCUCUUGGGCACUUGAGUCUUGAAUAUGGGCUUCCCCUUUCAUUUCAAUGGAAGGUGCUGGCCCAAAGAGAGGUGCCUGUGUUUCAUCUGUCACCAUUGAAAUGAACAGAAAAGAGCUGUCUGUGCACCGGCAUUCAUGAACAGUCUCCUGAUGGAAUGCCGUCAGGUCGCUGUUCACAGCAGCCCUCAUGGCCAGGUCGUUGAGCCGCCAUCCAGCUCAAGGGAGGCUUUUUUUACUAAAGCCACUGCUAAAGUGAGUCAUCCAGCUCAAGUGAGUCUUGCUGAAAUCAGGGCAGCAAGGUAGACAAGACGGAGUUGAGUCUCGUUGCUUUCAACAAGACUUACUCUGGGCUGACAUUAGCCAGAUGGAGGCCUUUGAGCCGCAAACAGAGAUUGAUCUCAGGUGCUUCCAGUGCCAAUAUCUGUGAGAGCCAGCAGGAAUGCAGGGUUCACGCUGUUUCUCCGAGCAAUAAGUUGAAUGCUCCUCUUUUUAGGUUUUUACAAUUUAGGAUAUUUGCUCAGGUUUGUAAAGCACUAGUGGCCAUCUUGAAAAAUGUGGGAACGCAUCCCUCAGUCACCGUCGUCCCCUCCCCGGACUUCUGCCUCUUUGCUUCAUUUGUGUAUUGUUCAGCUUCCUUAAUCAAGAUUUCCCCCCCUCCUGUCUCACAGUCUGUGGCCCCCAUAACUGCCCUUGCUUUCUCGCCAGUUUCAUUCACGCUGUACUCCAGGGAGGAAAUGGGACAGGAUCUAAGGCAGCCUUUCCCAACUAGUGGGCCACCAGAUGUUGUUGGACCACAAUUCCCAUCUUUCCUGACCAUUGGCAAUGCUGG